UCGCAUUGAGAGCAAUCCGUUUGCUGGCUGUCUUGGCCUGUGUUACAAACGCUUGGGGUUCGCCGGUCCUUCGUUUAAGGGUCGUGCCGAAAAGUUUUCCGCCAUCACAGAAUAUCUCAUUGGUCAUUUCAAAAUAGCUACCGGAUGCGGGAAAUUUUUGCGAACUGCGUCACUUUUGUGUGGACAACAAAAAUCGACGUCUUGUGCACAGACCUUGAGACAAACCGUGCGCACAGAUACCGAUUGUCACUGUUGUCACUGCGGAGCGGGGUCCGCGGAGGGCAUCGCAGUGGUUGGGGGAUCCGGCGGUAGGAUAGGUUGACAUUGGAGAGCGCGAAUUUUGUGGGUUGUGAUCUCGACGUUGUGAAGGUCUCAUCUCGUGGUGUGAAUCGCCGUCUUUAAAAAGCACUCCGUCCCCGCUCCUACCAGCGGCCAUGCACGCGGACCAGGUGCCGGCGGCCGACUUCCCGGCCGGUGGGCUCGUGCCCAAGCGCGAGACGGGCGUGGCCAACCUGCACACGCUGUACCCUGAGUUCGACGGCCGCGGUGUGACGAUCGCCGUGUUCGACAGCGCACUGGACCCGGCCGCGCCCGGCCUGCAGCGCACCUCCGACGGCCGACCCAAGGUCAUCGACCUGAUCGACGCCACGGGUGCCGGCGACGUGGACACGUCGCACGUGGCCCAGCUGCAGGACGGCUCGCUGACGGCGCUCUCCGGCCGCCAGCUGAGGAUCCCUGCCGGAUGGGAGUGCCCAUCGGGCAAGUUCCACGUGGGCAUGAAGCCGCUGUACGAGCUGUACCCGGAGAAGCUGCGCAAGCGCAUCCAGUCCGAGUACAAGGAGAAGGAGUGGGUCAAACACCAGGCCACGGCGGUGGCAGAGGCUCUCAAGAAGCAGCAGGAGCAUGAGCAGGCGCACCCGAACCCGACCGGUCUGGACAAGCAGGACCGCGAGGACCUGGACGCCCGCCUGGAGGCGCUGGCCGCCGCCGACAAGGCGUUCAAGGACGCGGGGCCGGUGCUGGACUGCGUUGUCUUCCACGACGGCAGCACCUGGAGGGUCUGCGUCGACACGUCGCUGACGGGCAACCUGGGCCAGUGCCAGCUACUGGGCAACUACCGCGAGACGCUGCAGCACGGCUACCUCAGCCGUCGCUGCAUGAUGGCGUUCGGCGUCAACGUCUACAGCGACGGCAACCUGCUCUCCAUCGUCACGCCCUCCUCCAGCCACGGCACGCACGUGUCGGCCAUCGCGGCCGCCUGCUUCCCGGACGACCCGGACAAGAACGGCAUGGCGCCCGGCGCUCAGCUGGUCUCGAUCAAUAUCGGCGACGGCCGCGUGGGUACCAUGGAGACGGGCACGGCCAUCGUGCGCGCCGUGGCCCACCUGAUGACGUGCCGGGACAAGUACACGGUCGACCUGAUCAACAUGAGCUACGGCGAGCACGCGCGCUGGAGCGACUCGGGGCGUCUGGGCGAGCUGGCCAACGAGCUGGUGAACAAGCACGGCGUGAUCUGGUGCGCCUCGGCCGGCAACGCAGGGCCCGCUCUCAACACCAUCGGCGCGCCGCCCAACCUGCCCGGCUCCCAGCCCGGCACCAUACUCGGCAUCGGCGCCUACGUCACGCCGCCCAUGAUGGAGGCGUGCUACGGCAUGCGCGAGUGCGUGCCCACCAUGCCGUACACGUGGACGUCUCGCGACCCGUCCGGCUCAUCAGCUGGCCGGUACAUCACGGUGUGUGCCCCGGGCUGUGCCAUCACCAGCGUGCCCAACUACACGCUGCAGGGCUGCGAGCAGAUGAACGGCACCAGCAUGGCAUCACCCAACGCCACCGGCUCCAUAGCCACGCUGCUGUCGUGCCUGAAGGGGCUGGGCAUGGAGUACUCGGUGUACAGUGUACGGCGCGCCAUCAAGGCCACGGCCGUGCCCUUGACCUCACCCGGCGCCGACCCGUUCGCCGCCGGCAGCGGCAUGCUCAGGGUGGAUAAAGCAUUAGAACAUUUAAAACAGUACCACAGUAGUCAAGAUAAGGACGUCACUUUUGUAGCCACAGUUGCGCCGAACGAUCUCCACGGCAUCUACCUCAGGGACGGAGGAAUCGACGUGCGCCACAAGAUCGUGGAGAAGGCCGUCUCCGUGCGCACACAGUUCAUCAAUCAGGACGCGGCCGACCCUGUGAAGCAGAUCAGCUUCGCGCUACGCUGCGUGCUUACCUGCGACGCCAGCUGGGUCCAGGUGGCCAAGUAUGUACACCACAUGAACUCCACUCGCAACUUCGCCAUCAAGGUGGACGCCCGCAGCCUGCCGGAGGGGGUACACGCCACCAGUGUGAGGGCGUUCGACGCGGCGCAGCCGGAGCGGGGCGCCCUGUUCGAGCUGCCGGUGACGGUGGUGGUACCGAUCCUGCUGGACCCGACAGACCCUACCCUCGAGCGCACGCUGUCCCUGCAGCCCGGACAGCUGGAGCGUAUCUUCGUGCGGGUGCCCGACGCGGCCAGCUCAGCAGCGGUGACGCUGCGCUCCCUGGAGCGCGAGAAGGACCACCGGUUCGUCAUCCACGCCAUGCAGUCUGUGCCGCACAUGUCCAGCAAGAGCUGCGAGUACUACAAGAUGGCCAACCUGGCGCCGGGCUGCUCGCACCAUGAGACCUUCAAGAUCGAGGGUGGCCACGUGCUGGAGGUGGUCGUCUGCAAGUACUGGACGAGCCUGGGCGCGGCCGACGUGCGCCUGACGCUGGCGCUGGACGGCCUGCGUCCCUCGGCGCCCGUCCUGGCCAUGACGGCGGCCGAGGUGCUGCGCCUCGAGGUCUCGAAUGCGCUGCGCUCCACCGAGAUGGCGGCGCCCCAGGUGCUGCUCAAGGGUCAGGUGUGCAGCUACAGGCCGACCUCUGCCAAGGUGUCUCCGUUGUCGGAUGACCGCGACACACUGCCCGACGGGCGGGUCAUCUACGGACUGACCUUGACCUACGGCAUCAACGUGCUCAAAGCGGGAGACAUCACGCCCGACUUCCAGUUCCUGAGCGAUACGCUGUACGAGUCCGAGUUCGAGUCUCAGAUGUGGAUGCUGUUCGACGCGAACAAGCAGUACGUCGCGGCCGGCGACGCCUACCCGAGCAAGUACUCUGUGCGGGUGGAGAAGGGCGAGUACACUCUGAUGCUGCGCAUUCGCCACGAGAAGCGGGAGCUGCUGGAAAAGCUGACCGAUCUCUCGCUGCAAGUCACCUUCAAGCUGCCCAGCGAGCUCAAGCUGGACACGCACUACCGGUACAACGACGCGCUGACGGGCAGCCGGCGCGCCAGCACGGCCCAGCUGCGGCCCGGCCUCCGGCUGCCGGUCUACAUCGCGCCGCUGGCACUCAGCAACAACAGGACCUCGAAGCUGUCGCUGUCGGCCGGCCAGCUGCUGGUGGGCCAUCUGACCCUGCAGCCGACCCGCGGCGGCUACGACAAGGCGGUACGCGCACGCCCUCGGCCCGGCCGCCAGGGCCCCCAACCGGGCCAGUUUCCGUUCCGCUACUUCAUCCCCGACGUGGCCAGGAAGACGUCCAGCAAGCCGGAGAAGGAGAAGGUCUCCAAGCAGGAGGAGUUCCAGACGGCGCUCAAGGACUUCAAGAUCAUGUGGCUGGGCAAGCUGGGCUCGGGCGGUGGUGACGCGGCGUCGAACCUGCUGGACGAACUGCUGGUCGGGGAGCGGCUGGAUCGCAUCUGCGCCAACAGUGCUAAGCUGCAGACACUGGACACGACGCUGGAGAAGGACGCGGCGGAGGUGGUGCGGCGCGCCGACGCCGUGCUGGCCGACGUGGACCGGGUCCGCCUGCUCACCUACUACGGUCGCAAGAACGCCGCCGCCGAGGACGCCGCCGUCAAAAGCGACAUGGAGAGGGAGCGAGCGGCCAUGCUGGACGCGCUCUCCCGCAAGGGUGUCGUGCUCUGCGAGUGCAUGGAGCGGAAGAAGCCGGCCGACGUGUUCGCCAUGGCCACGCUGGCCAACGUGCAGGACCUGAUGAACUCGGCGCUCGAGUUCGCUGAACCCACCGAGCUCAAGCUGCUGCCCUUCUCGGUGCGUCACGCGCUGGCCAACAGCCGCUACGGGCUGGCGCUGCGCUACCAGCAGCGCCUCACCGACGACAAGCCCACGGCCGAGAACGAGCAGAAGCUGGUGGACAUCUACGAGCGGCUGGGCUGGCGUCAUCUGGCGGCCCACCUGCAGCGCAGCCGGGCCGUUCGCUUCCCGGCCGACUACCGGCCCAUGUAGUCCGGCUCCCGCCGACGCGGCGGCGCGGCGCCGGCGCUGGCCGCCGCCCGGCCCGGUAAGGGGCUGGGCGGCCGCCGGCCGUGCGGCCGGGGUGGGCGACGUGAACUUAUAGGGCAUCGUACGGGCCGCAGCGGGCGAGUGGAGAGCGGGGCGGCGUGGGACGCGAGCGCGGCGAGCUAGUAGUCACUAGCGACACUCCUCUGAAGGUGCGGUGGCGCGGGCGGCCGAGGGAAGGCGGUGCGGCGGCUGACUGGCCCGGCCGCCCUGGUACGGGUCGGCACUCUUCCGCGCACGGGCGGCUCAGACCAGGUGGCCCUGGCGGCGAUCUGAGCCAUGUGUAUAGAGAUGCAGCGGGAGUGACGAUCCGUGGUUUGGAGCGUUUUACUACUUGGGACGGCAUGUUGAUAGGGGCCGCGCGCUUUUGACGUCGCCCGCCCAUCAGAGCGCCGAUAGCAUCACGGCUUUUCCAGCGGGUCGUUUGACAAAUGGCUCAUCCAGGGAUUGGUGUUCUAGGACCUUGACAUCGUGUGCUGGUGUGCUGCCGUGUAGGUUAUGUUUUUUUACCAUUUUCGGGUAUUGAUGGCACGAACGGCGGGGUUUUACCUGGCGACAUCAGAGAAAAGGACGGAUUCAGCUCGUUAAUCUUGUCGAAGCCUUUCAACCAUAGCAUGAUGUGAAUACAAACGCCGCCGCACUCUGACGAUCUGUUCGGUGUUGUACUGAGGUAGUUCUGUUUAUACACCCGAAUAAAGCCGUCGAACCAGCAA